AUGCGCCGGACAGCAUCGCAUGCGAAAAUUGUGCAGCGGCAUGAACGUCGAAAGGCUUCUCGUGAGGCAAAGGCAUCGGCAGCGCGCUUCAGCUCCAAGCAAAGCCGGUUUCAACUACGCCAGGAGGAGAUUAAUGUGCAGGAGGCACUACAGCCUGUGACAUCAUCGUUGCUGCCAGCGAGCAGUACUAAUACCAAUGAUAUCGCUACUAGAAUGACGAAUAUUCCAUCGUCAGUGACUCUUAGUCGCUUUGAGCGGCCGCCCGCUGCUGGGAACAAUUCGGCAGGUGGGGAAUCAGGGAGACGUCUGGCCACAACGGCGACGGCGACAUUUGGUCUUGCGUCCUCACGGCGCAUUGGGAUGCAUGCGGCAGACUCCCGCAGUACGCGUCGUGCGGAGAAAUUUCGUCUCGAUGACAAUGGCCGGUCCUCUGUGUCACAGUCACUUGGUGCAGGACUGCUCGGGGCCACCCGCCGCACGAGGGACGACGAUGACGGCGGUGAUCUGAAUAAAGACGGCAGGAAUGAUAGCGGUGAACCGCAGCGGAAGAAGACACGUGAGGAGCGAUUUCGGGAGGUGCUUGCCAACAGCAAAGAGCACCGUGCACAGGCACAGCGUGAUCGUGAGGAGCGCGCGCAGCGAACGACUGCCCUUGAUGCGGAGUUCAAUGGUGUGAUGCACUUACUGGAGCGGAGGGACAAGGCACAGGAAGAGCGCGAGGCCUUUGCACGCAUUGGAACACCACAGGUGCGAGCAUUGCUUCAGUCUUUUCGAGAGAACCACGUAGCGAAGACGGUCUCGCUGAGAAGUGAUGGCAGUUUUACCAUUGCGCCGCUCGUUGGCAAUAACAAUAAAACUAGAGUGAAGACUGGUGCGCCUUCCCUGGACGAGGCGAGUAUGGCACUGCUGAAAAAGAUACGCGAGGAGGCGGAUGAGCAGGAUGUAAUCACAAACUCGGCACUUUCCUCGCACACUCUGCAGAAGAAAGAGCCCAAAGUGAAGGGGGAUUCACUCGUUAGGAAGAGCAGCGGCGUUGAAGAUGGUGAAGAGGAUAAGGAUGAUUUUGAUCGCAUUAUGCUUUCUAUGCAGCGUGAAACGAGGCGCGCAGUUGCUGGUGAGCGUACACGGACAGAAGAGGAGGAACAGGCACAACUUGAUCAGCAGGCAUUGCUUGAGAGAGACCGUGGUGCCGUGCCACUUCUCGCGCAAGAAGAAACACAAUUGACACGUGCGGAGUGGCUAAGCCGGGGUGGGGAUCGCGCGUACCAAAUGCAGGACGAGGAUGACAAUGAUGACUAUGGCGGUGAGGUGGAGGACUCUCUUGACAUUUCCUCUGUGUGCGAUAGCGACGAGGUGGCGUUGCUGGAUGGGGCGAUGGGGGUGAAUGACGAUGCUGAUGAUGUCACGGCAGCUGAUGCGGAUGGCAGGGCUGCUGACGUUGCCACAGGGACAAGGACACGUCUGGAGGAGUUGUUGUCUGCAAUUGAGGCGUUUGGUCGUGAGGCAGACGGGACACGUGCCUCGCGAGCUGAAAGAACUCGCAAAUACUAUGCGCUGCUGCGGAGUCUUUACCAGUACGCUCGCGAUCACGUUUUGCACACCGCACAAACAUUUCGCCUUCUCCUUAUUGAGGCUCAGCGCAGUUUCCUGCAACACGGCUCACUGGACCGGGCUACGCUUUUACUCCUGCACUCCGCCUCCCGCAUAUUCCCCAUGACAGAUUAUCGUCACGAGGUGUCAACACCGUUUCUCCUCUUUCUUUGUUCAGCAUUGUUGCAGAUGCGACUGAAAACGUUCGCACAAGUCCGGGAGUAUACGGUACUCGCCGGUCUGUUGUGUGAAAGUGUACUGGCCGGUGGUAAAUUUUGCGCGGAGUCCAUCAUUGCCCCGCUCAACCUCAUCGCCUUGCAGGUACCGAGGUCGGUUUUGGAGCCCGUGCGUCUGCAAGGUGUCUGCGUGCCAUUUCCAGUUGUGGAACGCGGCGGGGCAGAAGAUGUUCUCCUGCACACCAACACGGAUACCCCGAGCGACGCGGAAGAAGCGCCGCUGCAGGCGACCUUUGCUUUACUAGAGACGGAAGUGAACAGUACACAUGUGGUGCGUUACGCUUAUCGCCUACUUUCGCUAAUGGCAGAUUCCCUCCGUGGAGUACCGGCCCUUUCGUAUUGUCUGAAGGAGCCAUUUCUCGCCCUACACGAGAAACUCAUUGCGACCGACGUGUGGCAACCGUCUGCGUCUGUACGAGGCGACCACGAUGCCCUCCUUGCGAAGUUGACGCAACUAGCCAAUGACGCACGUGAUCGUCGCACACCGCUUGCGAUGCGUUCCUUCCGCCCACGCCCCAUUCGUCAGUUUGAGCCAUUGCUGCAGGAGGGAACGACAACGGCGCUGAAGAAUGAAGUGCGGGCGAUGAAGCGGGAGAUGCGGGAGGACCACAAGCGCGUCGUGCGUCACUUGCAGGCAGAGGCAAAUGUCGAGCGGCGGCAGCGCGAACGGGCAGCGGAGGCGGAGGAGUCGCAGCGCACGCAGAAGUACCGCGAGCUCAUGGGGUCAUUGCAGGCGCAGCAGCAUGUCAUGAAGACCGUUGAUGGAUUACUCGAUAAGGCGCGGUCGAAGAAGCGAAAGAGCCUCACCGGUCGCGCCGGUGGAGACGCAGCGGACGGCAAUGCGGAAAACUGA